AUGGAGGUUAUUUCAUCCAAGAGAAGUGUUCUUCUAAUCUUUCUUGUUUUUGUAAGUCUCUUGAGCAAAAACGUGACGUAUGUCUCUGCCGUUAACUACACCAAACCAUAUAGACAAGUCAGUAGUUUGAGAGUCGAGAGGAUCCAUAAGCACUUGAACAGGAUCAACAAGCCUCCUGUCUUCACCAUCCAGAGUCCAGAUGGUGAUGUAAUAGAUUGUGUACCCAGGAGAAAACAGCCAGCUCUGGAUCAUCCUCUCUUAAAGCAUCACAAGAUUCAGAAAGCACCGAGGACAAUGCCGAAGAUGAUGGGAAAAGAGAGAAGCGAUGAUGUUAAAGAAGAAGUAGCGAGUGUACUGGAAGGUGCAUGGCAAAUGUGGCACGUGAACGGCACGAGGUGUCCCAAGGGAACUGUUCCCAUACGACGCAACACAAUGGACGAUGUGCUCAGAGCCAAGUCUAUCUUUGACUUUGGGAAAAAGAGACGUAGUAUUCGCCUUGAUCAACGGACAGAAAAGCCUGAUGCCCUUGGAACUAAUGGACAUGAGCAUGCAAUCGCGUAUACGGAAACAUCGUCGGAGAUAUACGGAGCAAAAGCUACUAUAAACGUGUGGGACCCAAAGAUUGAACAAGUGAAUGAGUUCAGUCUCUCACAGAUUUGGAUUCUGUCGGGUUCUUUCGUUGGUCCUGAUCUCAAUAGCAUUGAAGCUGGCUGGCAGGUCAGUCCGGAGCUGUAUGGUGACAACAGACCAAGAUUGUUCACUUAUUGGACGAGUGAUUCAUAUCAAGCAACAGGAUGUUACAAUCUUCUAUGCUCUGGGUUUAUCCAAACAAAUAACAAGAUUGCCAUUGGAGCCGCCAUUUCUCCCCUCUCUAAUUUCAACGCAAACCAAUUUGAUAUCACCAUUCUCAUUUGGAAGGAUCCAAAAAUGGGAAACUGGUGGAUGGGUUUAGGAGACAAGACACUGGUCGGGUAUUGGCCAGCAGAGUUAUUCACCCACUUAGCCGACCAUGCAACCACUGUGGAAUGGGGAGGUGAGGUUGUGAACACACGUGCUUCAGGCAGGCACACGACAACACAAAUGGGUUCUGGUCAUUUUCCGGACGAAGGAUUUGGGAAGGCUAGUUACUUCAGGAACUUGGAGAUAGUUGAUUCAGACAACAGUCUCGUACCGGUGCAUGAUGUCAAGAUAUUAGCCGAGAACACAGAGUGUUACGAUAUUAAGAGUUCGUAUAGUAAUGAGUGGGGAACUUAUUUUUACUACGGUGGUCCCGGGUUUAACCCUAAGUGUGCUUGA